AAGAAGAAUAAACACCAAAGAAGAAGAAACAGAAGCAUCACGUUGGUCUUGCAAACGCGAAAGCACCAUUUGAACUCAAGUCCACGUAAACAAUGAAAAAUGGAGAACUUUGUAUACGUAUCUCGUGAAAACUUGAUGUGUUCAAUCUGUUGGGAUCUAUUAAAAGAUCCAGUGACGCUUAACUGUGGACACAGUUUUUGUAUGAGCUGCAUUACAAACCGCUGGGAUCAGGAUGACGACACCGAAGUCUAUGAAUGCCGCGAGUGCGGAAAGACCUUCACUCCAAGACCUGUUUUGGGUAAAAACACCGUGCUAGCUGAAGUCUUGGCGAAACUAAAGACCGAACCACAAGCUCCUCCUCAGUAUUUUUAUCCUGGAAUUGCACUAUGUCACAUCUGUACUGGGAAAAGUCACGACGCUGUAAAAUCCUGUCUGGUGUGUCUGGAAUCAUACUGUCAGAAACAUUUUGAACAACACGAGGAGUUUCACUCAAGUAAGCGACACAAAAUGAUCGAUGACACUGACCGACUUGAGAAGACGAUCUGCCAUCAACAUGACAAACCCCUGGAGAUGUACUGCUAUCAUCACAAUAGCUGUGUUUGCAAGAUGUGUGUUGUGAAUGGGCAUGCAUCCCAUACUGUAGUGUCACUUGCCGCGGCGAGGACUGAGAUACAGGGAAACUUUGAAGAAAGGCAAAGACAUCUCCAGGAGAGAAUCCAGAACAAAUGUCAAGAGUUGAAGGAUGCUGUGGAGACUCAUAAGCGCUCUGCACAGACGGCAGUGGACGACACUGAGAGGAUCUUUACUCAACUGAUCCGAUCCAUUGAAAAAAGACGAUCUGAGGUGACACAGCUGAUCAGAGAUCAGGAGAAGACUGCAGUGAUUCAAGCUGAAGGACUCUUGAAGCGACUGGAGUGGCUGGAACCGGAGAUUAUUAGUUUAGGGAGGGAUGCUAAGCUGGAGCAGCUUUUAAAAACAGACGAUCACAUCUAUUUCCUCCAGAAUAUCAACUCUUACGCUGUGCCACAUGGAUCUACAGACUUGCUCAACACGACUGUCAAUUCAGGACCUGCUUUUGAUAACAUAUUAAAAUCUGUGUCUCAACUGAGAGAGACAAUGGAGGAUGUUUGCAAAGAAGAGCAAGAAAAAAUAUCCGACAAGGCGAGAUGCAUUGAAAUCAUUCCCAUCCUGGAACAUGAGAGCUGGGAAGAGUUCCUAUCAUAUUCUUUUGAUUUUACUCUGGAUCCAAACACUGUGAACAAAUCCCUGCGUCUGGACGAGGAGGACACACAGGUUACUUACUCGAGGAAACCCCAGGAUUAUUCGGAUCAUCCAGACAGAUUUGAGUUUUGGAAUCAGGUGCUGUGUGAGGAGAGCGUGAGUGGACGCUGUUACUGGGAGGUUGAGUGGAGCGGUCAAGUAGGCAUAUCAGUGUCAUAUAAAACAAUCAUGAGGAAGAGCAAGUCAAAAAAGUCUAAGUUUGGAGGUGACGAUCAGUCAUGGAUUUUAAACUGCUCCUCAUACUUGUUCUCAUUCUGCCAUAAUGAUGAAUACACUGCGCUCCCUGCCUUCCAACCAUUUAAAAUAGGAGUAUAUGUGGAUCACAGUUCAGGAACUCUGUCCUUCUACAGCGUCAAUGACACAAUGACCCUCAUCCACAGAGUCCAGACCACAUUUACUCAACCUCUCUAUCCUGGGUUUAGUUUAGGGCGUGACUCGGAAGUAAUUCUCUGUGAUCUUGGUUGAUUGUGAAAACCGUUGAUGUACAUAUUUCUUGGAUAUUACAGCCAGCCUUUUAAGUUAGAUAAUAUCCAUCUAAAGACUAGAUUUAAAGAUUUGUUGCCGUUUUGCAUUUUUCUGUCAACACCCAUUUCUACAUCUGUUUUUCUGUUGUGUUUUUCUCUUUUAUUUUAUUUUUGAAUGAUUUAAUGUUUUUUAAAACUGAUUCAAUUGUUCAUAAAAUGUGAUACCUUUUUUUACAGAACAAUAAAGGUUAUUUUAUUUGGGAAAAAUAUAAACAAGCAAAAAAGCAAAAUACGUGUUAACUUUACCAAAUGGUAGACUGUCUACCAUUGAUUUAAAAAAAAACAUUUAUGGAUGUAUGAUACGUUGUUUUGAUGUUUGUUUGUUUGUUUUCUUUGUAUCCCCCUGUUGUUGUUUUCAAAUAAAAAAGUUUACAUGAACAGUGCUCAUGUAUGUAAAUAUGAGAAUUGUAGAACUAAAUUAAAACAAAAUAUUGCGGGCUAAUU